CAUUCAGGUCCCCUCUAUCGUUAUGCCGUUCAAGUACCUUUGGAAUACUGGACCUCAUGACCACGUUAAACCUUCUUAAACCCGGGUUAUUCGCCCGUGUUGAACCUAAGCCUGUCUUUUGUUGUUUUUCUCCCGCUCUCCCCAAUUCGUUCUUCCUACUUUCAACUUAUUUCUUCUUAGACACACACUUCCUGCUUCCUGUUUAACAUGGUUAGCGUGCCUGCAACGUACGGCGCGAUCCUUCUGGGUGGUUUUUUGGCCGCUGCACUUUCAGGGAUCGUUACCGUACAAUCAUUCAUUUACUACAAGUUAUUCCCCACAGAUCUAGCCUGGAGGAAGGUCAUCGUUGCCGUGAUAUGGAUCUUGGACAGUGCUCAUACUGGACUGGUUUGCGCAUCGAUAUGGAUUUAUCUAAUAAAGAACUUUGGCGAUACCUCAAAAAUAAAUGAUAUACCAGAAACCGUGGCGAUGACAAUCGCAAUGACCGCAAUCUUGACGUUUAUCGUCCACUGCUUCUUUGCACAUCGAAUACAUAAGCUGAGCCGUUGUGACUGGCGCAUCACCGCCCCCCUUUUGCUCUUCGCGUUUUUGCGGUUAUGUUCUGCCUCCGUAACAACGGCAGAAAUGAUCCAUCUCAAGACGUUCUCAGAGUUCAAGCGAGAGUUCCGAUGGGUUUUCACGCUGGGUCUCGCGCUGUCAUCUCUCGUCGACGUUCUCAUUGCGGUAUUCCUUUGCUACUCGCUGCAAGCUAAACGCAAAGCUUCCUCGAGUAUGGACUAUGUUAUAAAUUCCGUCAUCUUGUAUACAUUCGAGAAUAAUUCUCUCACCAGCGCCGCCACUGUCAUCUCUAUGAUUUGCUGGCUUGUAAUGCCUACCAACCUCAUUUUUAUGGGGCUGCAUUUUGUCAUUAGUAAAUUGUAUGCAAACUCCCUGCUGGCCACAUUGAACGCUCGGAAGCAACUGCGGCAAGAGCGAGCCCAGAGAGGUUUGUCGGGAGAACUUCCUGUGGCAUUCCAGGGCUUCGCAUACCGCUUCCGGUCAAAUAACCGUGACUCUUCGCGGAUGGACCCUAUUGGAACCAAGGUGGAAAUCAACGUCGAGAAAACCGUGGAGUAUGAGGUGGAUGCAGACACCGUGACUCGUUAUUCCCCAUCCCCAUCUCCACUGACGGCUUCCCCGAAACCUUCCUGCCAUUCAUCUGAGGCAAUCUCGCAGAUGGCUUAGUUCACAACCUCCUAGACCCGUUUGAUCUUAUCCUAUCGUACCCUGAAUCUUCUUCGAUAUCUGUCUAUCUCUGGCUGUCAAUCCUUUCCACACCUGUCUUUAUCGAAAGCUGUACUAUCUAUCUUCCUAGCUGUGUAGUGACCCAUAACUAAUGGUAUCUCUGCGUCUGUUGACUGUAUUAAUUUGUUCGGUGACCAACAACUGCAUGUUGCAAUCAAAUCACGCAGGCGCUAAAUUUA